GGAGCUGAAGUUCAAACAAAUAAGUGAUUUAUAUGUAUUUUCCUGACACAUAAAGUUUUUCUAAACGCUAAACAUGGCAGGAGUCGGUCGCAGGAAGAGCUCUUGAGAAUAACGAUUCUUCAGGCCAGUAGAGGACUGUGUGGAUUAAACACCCGACCAAGCAUGGAGUUCCCGCAGCAGCAGAAACCGGCGGGGGACGGCAAGAUCACCUACCCGCUUGGAGUGAAGGAAAUCACGGAGAAGAUCAGCAACGACGAGGUGGUGAAACGGUUAAAGAUGGUAGUGAAAACCUACAUGGACAUGGACCAGGACAGCGAGGAGGAGAAACAACAGUAUCUCAACCUGGCUCUCCACCUGGCCUCGGAGUUCUUCCUGAGGAACCCCAACAAGGACGUGCGUCUCCUGGUGGCCUGCUGCCUGGCCGACAUCUUCAGGAUCUACGCCCCCGAGGCGCCCUACACCUCACACGACAAACUCAAGGACAUCUUCCUCUUCAUCACAAGACAGCUGAAAGGGCUGGAGGACACCAAGAGCCCGCAGUUCAAUAGAUACUUCUACCUGCUGGAGAACUUGGCGUGGGUAAAGUCAUACAACAUCUGCUUUGAGCUGGAGGACUGCAACGAAAUCUUCAUCCAGCUCUUCAAGACACUCUUCUCUGUCAUCAAUAACAGUCACAAUCAGAAGGUCCAGAUGCACAUGUUGGAUCUGAUGAGUUCUAUUAUAAUGGAGGGAGACGGCGUCACACAGGAACUACUGGACACCAUACUGAUCAACCUCAUACCUGCUCACAAGAACCUGAAUAAGCAGGCGUACGACUUGGCCAAGACCCUGCUGAAGAGGACCGUGCAGACCAUAGAGACAUGCAUCGCUAACUUCUUUAACCAGGUGCUGGUGAUGGGGAAGUCUUCAGUCAGCGAUCUGUCAGAACACGUGUUUGAUCUGAUCCAGGAGCUCUUCUCCAUCGAACCUCUGCUGCUCACAUCUGUCAUGCCCCAGCUAGAGUUUAAACUCAAGAGUAACGAUGGUGAAGAGCGUUUAGCUGUAGUCCGACUGCUGGCCAAGCUGUUUGGAGCCAAAGACUCAGAACUGGCCACUCAGAACAGACCGCUGUGGCAGUGCUUCCUGGGACGGUUCAAUGACAUCCAUGUCCCAGUGAGGCUGGAGUCAGUCAAGUUUGCUUCCCACUGUCUGAUGAAUCAUCCAGACCUGGCCAAAGACCUCACAGAGUUCCUGAAAGUGCGAUCACAUGACCCAGAGGAGGCGAUCCGUCAUGACGUCAUCGUAACGAUCAUCAACGCCGGGAAGAAAGACCUGAACCUGGUUAACGACCAACUACUGGGCUUCGUUAGGGAGAGGACCCUGGACAAGAGGUGGCGUGUUCGUAAGGAGGCGAUGAUGGGUUUGGCCCAGCUGUUUAAGAAGUACUGUCUUCACCAUGAGGCUGGGAAGGAACAGGCCCAGAAGAUCUCCUGGAUCAAAGACAAACUGCUCCACAUCUACUACCAGAACAGCAUCGACGACAAGUUACUAGUGGAGAAGAUCUUUGCUCAGUACAUGGUUCCCCACAGUCUGGACACUGAGGAGAAGAUGAAAUGUCUUUACUACCUGUACGCCUGCCUGGAUACCAACGCUGUCAAGGCUCUGAAUGAAAUGUGGAAGUGUCAGAACAUGUUGAGAGGUUUGGUCAGAGAACUGCUGGACCUCCACAAACUACCUGCCUCUGAAGCCAACACCACUGCCAUGUUUGGAAAGCUGAUGACCAUUAGCAAGAACCUCCCGGAUGCUGGCAAGGCCCAGGACUUCAUGAAGAGGUUUAAUCAGGUGUUAGGAGAGGAUGAGAAGCUCCGAGUCCAGCUGGAUACUCUCAUCAGCCCCGUCUGCUCCUGCAAACAGGCUGAGCUCUGUGUGAGGGAGAUUACUCGUAAACUGACGUUCCCUAAGCAGCCCACCAACCCCUUCCUGGAGAUGGUUAAGUUCCUGUUAGAACGGAUCGCUCCCGUCCACAUCGACUCCGAGGCCAUCAGUGCUCUGGUCAAACUGCUGAAUAAGUCUAUUGAGGGAACAGCUGAUGAUGAUGAUGAAGGUGUCACACCAGAUACUGCCAUCCGCUCUGGACUGGAACUACUGAAGGUUCUGUCGUUCACCCACCCCACAGCGUUCCACUCUGCCGAGACCUAUGAGUCUCUGCUCCAGUGUCUGAAGAUGGAGGAUGACAAGGUGGCUGAAGCUGCCAUACAGAUCUUCAGGAACACGGGACAGAAAAUAGAGACGGAACUACAGCAGAUACGAUCUACCCUGAUUCCAGUCCUCCAUCAGAAGGCUAAGCGUGGAACCCCCCACCAGGCUAAACAGGCUGUUCACUGUAUCCAUGCUAUCUUCUGUAACAAGGAGGUCCAGCUGGCGCAGAUCUUUGAGCCUCUCUCUCGUAGUCUCAAUGCUGACGUCCCAGAACAGUUGAUAACCCCGCUGGUCAGCCUGGGUCAUAUCUCCCUGCUGGCUCCAGAUCAGUUUGCCUCCCCCAUGAAGGCCAUCGUGGCCAACUUCAUCGUCAAGGACCUGCUCAUGAACGACAGGUCUGUAGGGAACAAGAAUGGGAAGCUGUGGACAUCUGAUGAGGAAGUCUCUCCUGAGGUGCUGGCUAAGGUGCAGGCCAUUAAGCUGUUGGUUCGUUGGCUCCUGGGCAUGAAGAACAACCAGUCUAAAUCAGCCAACUCCACCCUCCGACUGCUGUCAGCCAUGCUGGUCUCCGAGGGAGACCUCACAGAACAGAAGAAGAUCAGCAAGUCAGACAUGUCUCGUCUGCGUCUGGCAGCAGGAGGCGCCAUCAUGAAGCUGGCCCAGGAACCAGUUUACCAUGACAUCAUCACACCAGAACAGUUCCAGCUCUGUGGACUGGUCAUCAACGAUGAGUGUUAUCAGGUCGUCAGAUAUUUGCCCAGAAGUUACACCCUGGCCCUGGUGAAGUUGCUCCUUCCACUGGAGUACCUGGCGGUGUUCUCUCUGUGUGCUAAAGACCCCGUCAAGGAGAGAGGGCCCACGCCAGGCAGUGUCUGCUCAAGAACAUCAGCAUCGACGGGCAGUACAUCAAAAACAACCCCCUGGCCCACGGUGAGUGGACCAGGCCGUAGCACAACCCCCCUGGCCCACGGUUAG